GCAGUUGUGCUAGACUGUCAUUCGACCUGCCGCAGCCAGGAUGCAGCAGCCCAAGCUGUUCUACCAGCACCAGGAGACCUACGGUGCCAGAUCUCUAGACCAACCAGACUGCCAAGCGAACAGGCCACUUCCAGCAUUUGUCCUCCCGGAAAACCUGACCUCAGUAGGAACGUCCAACCUGUAUCAGACCCCCAGUCAAGACAAAGAAGUUCUCAUGUCGCCGCCUGCAGGUUUCCAGAUGGCUCCCUGCGGAUGUUUCUUCGAUCCCAGGAUAUACCGUAUAGAAUGGGCAACGACCAAUUUUGUGCAGCCAUCUGUUUAUAAGCUCCCCAGCGGCUCGAAUUCGCAGACCCCGUACCUCCUGGAUGCUCAGAGAUACCUCAAGAGCCCUGUACAGACCAUCCCGUACCCGCAUUAUCAGCAAAUCCCCAGCAACCCCCAAUACAUCAUGCCUUAUUUCAAUCAAGAGGGCCUCACCAGCGUCACGGAACAAGUUAAUUUUGUCCCCAACCCACUUCACGACUCUCAGCUCGUUGAGGUGCCUCAUCUCCAGGAAGAAGGCCACAUUCAGAAGAGCGACCACAAACUACCCCAGCUCCUUAUCACAUUGCCUGGCCUGAACCAGAAUGAGACCCCCAUCCAAGUCGGCACCCUCAACCACCUGGAGGAAAGGCUAAAUCAGACGACCGACCCUGACCCAAGCCACCACCUGGAUUUCCAAGUGUUUGAUGGUUACCAAGCUGAGGGGAGAGACCUUCAAGAAAAUCAUGUGAUCCAGAACCUCCUAGCAAACCCUCAGACCCCGGACGUGUGCAUGGAAGAGCAAAAUCCCCUUCCGAGCACCGGUGCUGAAAACGCACAGGUGGUGCCAGAGGGGACGCCCUGUCCUCCGCCGGACAGCAUUGCAGCUGAAGAAAGAGAAACGGCAGACGCACAAAAAUCCUUUGACCUGCCCGAGAAGGUUUUGCUGGAAGAUGCAAUGAAACUUUUUGGUUGCUCUCCAGCUAACUCGGACUCCGAGGUCCCCAAGGACAACUUGAGCGGCCCCCCUGAGCCCAGCGAGAGGAAGAGGAAAGACUGCGACUUCCCAUGCGAAGACAUGAGCUCACUGAAGCUGCCAGAGGAGCUGCUGUCCUGUGCCUACAGCGUGCCAGAGAUUUUAACCACAGUGGCAAGCCUGGAUUAUUUCUAUGACAUCAAAACCAACAAUGAGGAACCAAAGUGGGAGUUCGGACGGGCGCUACCAGCUCCCCGAAACUGUGCAUCGCUCCAGGAUGGCCUGCAGGAGCCCCAGAGGAAAAAGAAGCGAAGUAACCCGUCUGCUAAGAAAGGCAAACACAGAGCCAGCAAAUGCAAAGCUUCUUCUGCACAGGAUUGCUGCAUGUCCCAGGGGCAGGACUGCCCCGUGCCAGCUAUCUGACUGGCACCUUCCCUCUGACUGUACAGAAGCAAUUCUGGGCCGGAGUAGGCCCGCUGAUUGCAAUGAAUGACUUGAUCAGAACGGACAUUCCCUUUAU